AUGGCCCAAGCUACUAUGUCCAAUGUUUCUGAUGUUACAACCGUGGAUCUUGCGCGACUCAUAGCUAGGGAUGCUGCUGAAGUCGAGAUCCUGCUAAAAGCUGCGGCAUCUCCUGGAUACUUCUUUCUCGACUUUCGAAAUGAUCCAGCAACGAAGGAUAUCGCCCGACAAGUUCAGAGUAUCUACCAGGUUGCGGACGACUAUUUUGAACAGCCUUCCGAGGCUAAGCUGAAAGAUCUCAGGAAUGAUAUCCCUGCCUCCAGUGAUAGGGGCUAUAAAUUCUGCCCCACAGAUGAAUCAUUCGAGAUAUCCUAUAACGAGAUGAGAGCUGGGACACUCAAACUGCCAGAACCUUUAGCGAAGCAAGCACAACUCAUUAACGAGUUCCAUUCCAGUUGCCACUCUUCGGCGCAUGUGCUGCUUGCGCGACUUGCUGAGAGUCUCGAGAUCCCGUUCGAAAAGUACCACCAGGAGAGCAUGGAGAGCGAGACGGGACUCAAGUUGAUCGCGGAGCCGUCCCUUGAGCGAGCGGUGGAUGUCCAAGAGAACAAGCACAAGGAUAGCGGCACCCUGACGAUGCUCUUCUGCGAUAGCUGGGGGAUGCAUUUCAAUCUGCCUGGCCAGGGAGAAACGUGGGUUUUCACUCCUCCACCGCCACCAGGGUGUGCCCUCAUCCAUGGAGCCAAGUCUCUCCAGCGACUAUCUCAUGACCAGUUACAUGCUCCUCUUCACAGGGUAACCCAACCAAGGGAUGGAGCCGCAAAGAGAUACUUCCUCUCCUACUUUUUGAGGCCCGGGGAACUGCAGGACCAGCCGGCUGCAGCGGCAUAA